AUGGAAUUUUUCCGAUCGCCGCCCCAAACGGCCCUAUUUCCCGUAUCUGGAGCAUUUGUGACGGCUGCUCUUCAACAACAACAGUCGUCACCGUCAUCAAAUCUUCCAGUUAUUCCAUCGCCACAUGAUAUCAUCACAACUACAUCCUCAUCUCCAAUCCCAAUCACAACAUCAGCAUCUCCACCAAGUCUUCCGAUGUUUCUCAGUUUCCCGAGUACUUCGACGACUACAAGUAUUCUGAUGGAUACAGUGUUGGCAGCUCAAAAGUUGAAUCAACAGCAACAACAACAACAGCAGUCUGCAUUCAAUUUCCUAGUUGUAAAACAAGAAAAUCCGCUUCCAGUCAUGCCAGCAUCACCACCAAGAAAUUCGCCACCACAUGCUAUCAAGGUGGGUUAA